CGCCUGGGCAGCGGCAUGAAGGAUGUGGAGUAGGGCAGGGGCAGGGUGCUGCUGAACUCGGCGGCCGCCAGGGGCGACGGCCUGCUACUGUUGGGCACCCGCGCGGCCGCGCUCGGCGGCGGCGGCGGCGGCAGCGGCGGCCUGAGGGAGAGCCGCCGGGGCAAGCAGGGGGCCCGGAUGAGCCUGCUGGGGAAACCGCUCUCGUACACCAGUAGCCAGAGCUGCCGGCGCAACGUCAAGUACCGGAGGGUGCAGAACUACCUGUACAACGUGCUGGAGAGACCCCGCGGCUGGGCGUUCAUAUACCACGCGUUCGUCUUUCUCCUUGUAUUUGGUUGCUUGAUUUUGUCAGUGUUUUCCACCAUCCCUGAGCACACGAAAUUGGCCUCAAGUUGCCUCUUGAUUCUGGAGUUCGUGAUGAUUGUCGUCUUUGGUUUGGAGUUCAUCAUUCGCAUCUGGUCUGCAGGUUGUUGUUGUCGGUAUAGAGGAUGGCAAGGAAGACUGAGGUUUGCCCGAAAGCCCUUCUGUGUUAUAGAUACCAUUGUUCUUAUCGCUUCAAUAGCAGUUGUUUCUGCGAAAACUCAGGGUAAUAUUUUUGCCACGUCUGCACUCAGAAGUCUCCGUUUCCUACAGAUCCUCCGUAUGGUGCGCAUGGAUCGAAGGGGAGGCACUUGGAAAUUACUAGGUUCAGUGGUUUAUGCUCACAGCAAGGAAUUAAUCACGGCUUGGUACAUAGGAUUUUUGGUUCUUAUUUUUUCAUCUUUCCUCGUCUAUCUGGUGGAAAAAGACGCCAAUAAAGAGUUUUCUACAUAUGCAGAUGCUCUGUGGUGGGGCACAAUUACAUUGACAACGAUUGGCUAUGGAGACAAAACUCCCCUAACUUGGCUGGGAAGAUUGCUUUCUGCAGGCUUUGCGCUCCUUGGCAUUUCUUUCUUUGCACUUCCUGCCGGCAUUCUUGGCUCAGGUUUUGCAUUAAAAGUACAAGAACAGCACCGCCAGAAACACUUUGAGAAAAGAAGGAACCCAGCUGCCAACCUCAUUCAGUGCGUUUGGCGUAGUUAUGCAGCUGAUGAGAAAUCUGUUUCCAUUGCAACCUGGAAGCCACACUUGAAGGCCUUGCACACCUGCAGCCCUACCAAUCAGAAGCUAAGUUUUAAGGAGCGAGUGCGCAUGGCUAGCCCGAGAGGCCAGAGCAUUAAGAGCAGACAAGCCUCGGUAGGCGACAGGAGGUCCCCAAGCACCGACAUCACUGCCGAGGGCAGCCCUACCAAAGUGCAGAAGAGCUGGAGCUUCAACGACCGAACCCGUUUCCGGCCCUCGCUGCGCCUCAAAAGUUCUCAGCCAAAACCAGUGAUAGACGCUGACACAGCCCUUGGCACUGAUGAUGUAUAUGAUGAAAAAGGAUGCCAGUGUGAUGUAUCUGUAGAAGACCUCACCCCACCACUUAAAACUGUCAUUCGAGCUAUCAGAAUAAUGAAAUUCCACGUCGCAAAACGGAAGUUUAAAGAAACAUUACGCCCAUACGAUGUAAAAGAUGUCAUUGAACAAUAUUCUGCUGGCCAUCUCGACAUGUUGUGUAGAAUUAAAAGCCUUCAAACACGUGUUGAUCAAAUUCUUGGAAAAGGGCAAAUCACAUCAGAUAAGAAGAGCCGAGAGAAAAUAACGGCAGAACAUGAGACCACAGAUGAUCUCAGUAUGCUUGGCCGGGUGGUCAAGGUUGAAAAACAGGUACAGUCCAUAGAGUCCAAGCUGGACUGCCUACUAGACAUAUAUCAACAGGUCCUCCGGAAAGGCUCAGCUUCAGCCCUCACUUUGGCCUCAUUCCAGAUCCCACCCUUCGAAUGUGAACAGACGUCUGACUAUCAAAGCCCCGUUGACAGCAAGGACCUGUCCAGUUCCGCACAGAACAGUGGCUGCUUAACCAGAUCAGCUAGUGCCAACAUCUCUCGUGGCCUGCAGUUCAUUCUGACGCCAAAUGAGUUCAGCGCUCAGACUUUCUACGCGCUUAGCCCUACUAUGCACAGUCAAACAACACAGGUGCCAAUGAGUCAAAGCGAUGGCUCUGCAGUGGCAGCCACCAACAAUAUUGCAAACCAAAUAAACGCGGCACCUAAGCCGGCAGCCCCAACAACUUUACAGAUCCCGCCUCCUCUCCCAGCCAUCAAGCUUCUGCCCAGGCCAGACACCCUGCACCCAACCCCCCCAGGCUUACAGGAAAGCAUUUCAGAUGUCACCACCUGCCUUGUUGCUUCCAAGGAAAAUGUUCAGGUUGCACAGUCGAAUCUGACCAAGGACCGUUCUUUGAGGAAAAGCUUUGACAUGGGAGGAGAAACUCUGCUAUCUGUCCACCCUGUAGGGCCCAAGGACUUGGGCAAAUCUUUGUCUGUACAAAACUUGAUCAGGUCGACAGAGGAACUGAAUAUACAGCUUUCAGGGAGCGAGUCAAGUGGCUCCAGAGGCAGCCAAGAUUUUUACCCCAAAUGGAGGGAAUCCAAAUUGUUUAUAACUGAUGAAGAGGUGGGUCCGGAAGAGACUGAGACAGACGCUUUUGAUGCCAUGCCGCAGCCGGCCAGGGAAUCGGCUUUGGCGUCAGACUCUCUAAGGACUGGAAGAUCACGAUCAUCUCAGAGCAUUUGUAAGGCCGGAGAAAGUACGGAUGCCCUCAGCUUGCCUCAUGUCAAACUGAAAUAAGUUCCUCGUUUUCUUUCUAAGCAUAGCAGUUCCUUUAGCCAUACAUAUCAUUGCAUGAACUAUUUUGAAAGCCCUUCUAAAAUUCAAUUUGCAAGAAUCAGGAAGAACGUGAAAGGCGGUUUAUAAGCCCAUUAUCUUUUAAUUGCAUGAAAAUGCAUGUUUAGGGAUGGCUGAAAUUCCAAGGUACAUCAACAUUAACCCACUCAUUUAGUAACGUACCUUGAGUUAAAAAUCCUGAGAAAUCGAACACUGCUAACGCUGUGGGGUGUGUGAAAAUUAGGUCAUUUAGAAGAUUUGAUUCUGUGUUUUGAAAUUAUGGGAGUAAACACCUUCAAAUUUCAGCCAUUUCUGCUUUGCGAUUAAAUACAAAAUACAUUUUCAAAAUUAGGCCAUGAUGUAUAUUUAAACACAAUGGUUAUCAACAACAGCUGCUAACAAGGUAUCAAGUAAAGCAGAAUUUGAGAAUAAUAGAAAUGGCUGCUUAUUUCGAGAUAUAUUUGCCAACCCAUUCCUAUUCAGUCAUGUUAUUAUUAAUGUAAUUUGAAUGUCGAUUUGUAUGCUUUUGGUGAUUUAACGCUGUGGCAAGCAAUUUUGCACAUCAUUUUCAUGUUGUUGUUCUUUAUGACGAGAAUGUUCUUCAACUAGAAAAUGUGCAAAGCGUGAAAUUCAGGGCCAGUGGGGCAAAUAGACUGACUAUUUGACACAUUUGACUUCAUGGAAACAUAUUCCCUAAUGGCUGGAUCAACUUUCUAAGUGGUCAACUUCUACACAAGCAAAUGAAAUACCGAUCAAUAGAACGGCCAGUGUGACUGGGCUGAUCUCUCUGCAAUGGCGCCACCCCAGGCUUGCCAGUACCGCCCACAUAAAGGGGAAGUGUGAGGAGCUAUUCCCACUAAGCUGAUACACAGGCAGGAUCCCAGGGAAUGAGACAUGUGAGUGAGACUGAGAUGGGAAAGGCUGGGGAAGAACCCAGACACAACACCAGGAAGUAAGUGAAGUUCAAGAAAACGACUUCCCCUCAAAGGGCAAGGAGAAGGACAGGAACAAACCAAAAUAAAGGAACUUGAUUUUUUAGAAAAUGAAUACUGCUAAGGAGUUCAACUGCCUAAACAUCUUAUUCUUAUAUAUAAACAGAGAAUUUUGCAAGUUAUUUAUU